AUGAGCUACGUCGCCAAGGACAAGGAUGUCGAUGCCCCUGUCGCUCCUGUGAAGCUGCACAAGAUCCGUAUCACUCUCACGUCGCGCAAUGUGAAGAGUCUCGAAAAGAUGAGCAAUGACCUCGUGAACCGCUCCAAGGACAAGAAGCUCCACGUCAAGGGCCCUGUUCGUCUCCCCACUAAGGUUUUGACGCACACCACCCGUAAGUCGCCUUGCGGUGAGGGUUCGAAGACCUGGGACCACUACGAAAUGCGUAUCCACAAGCGCCUAAUCGACCUUCACAGCCCUAGUGAGGUCGUCAAGCAGAUCACAUCUACAGCCCUUGAGCCUGGUGUAGAAGUCGAGAUCACCAUCCUCUCGACAUAA